GGAGUCACAUGAUAGGGAUGGCGAAAUUGACCAAUUGGAAUAUCCCAAUUGCCGGGACAUUGACGUGGCAUGUGGAGUUAGUAAUAGAAAUUUCUUUCACAGGCCGCCAUUUUGGCUAGAAAAUCGUUGAAAGUGUUAUCAAAUUUUUGUAAGUUUCUGGCUUGGAUGUUAGAAAACACGUGAAUAUUUUUAGCUGAAGCUACGAAAAGUGUGUCAACUAGAGUUUUAUAGAAUUGCAGAUUGUUAAAGAACUGCAAUCAUGGGUUCAGCUAUUGCCAAGUUAUUUGGCCAGCUGCUUGGUAAGAAAGAGAUGAGAAUAUUAAUGGUCGGUCUGGAUGCUGCUGGUAAAACAACUAUAUUAUACAAGUUAAAAUUAGGAGAAAUAGUCACUACAAUUCCAACUAUAGGUUUUAAUGUAGAAACAGUAGAAUAUAAAAAUAUCAGUUUCACAGUAUGGGAUGUUGGAGGACAAGAUAAGAUUAGACCAUUGUGGAGACAUUAUUUCCAAAACACUCAAGGUUUAAUUUUUGUGAUAGACAGUAAUGAUAGAGAGAGAGUAGGAGAGGCAAGGGAGGAAUUGAAUAGAAUGUUAAGUGAGGAUGAAUUAAGAGAUGCAGUAUUGUUAAUAUUUGCUAACAAACAGGAUCUACCAAACGCUAUGAAUGCUGCCGAAAUUACAGAUAAAUUAGGACUACAUUCAUUACGUGGACGAACUUGGUACAUUCAGGCAACGUGUGCUACCAGCGGUGAUGGCCUCUACGAGGGUUUAGAUUGGUUGUCGGGUCAGUUAAAGGGGGGUAAUAGGAAAAACUGAGCUUAUGAUAGGACUUGAUCAAUUGGACAUUAUACAAAUUCUCAAAUGUUAAAUUAUCCUUCAUCAUCAUAUUAGACGCCGCUCUGGUAUGAUGCGUGAAUCAUGCGACCUAAUUUUCUGGAGGGUUAUUUCCCCUGUCCAAUACGAGCUCUAGCUCGACUGCACUAAGUAUUAGCGUAUGAUAACUUUUAUUCAAAUAGUGAUUGUGAAAAUUCGAUACUAAUGUGCAGUAAGUAAGUGUCGUUUCUGAUAAAGUGUAUAUUCUUUAAAUAGUAUAAAAGUGGUAGGUUAUCUUUUCUGUUAUUUUGGGUUUUUGCAUUGUUAAAAGUUCAGUUAGUCAAUUUUGGCUGUUUUUGUCUUGGAAGUAAAGUGACCAGCUCAGUUUUCGAAGAUUUUUAAUUCUCCAAACAAUUUCUUGCAGGGUUUGGUUUCAUCAAAAUAUAGGUUUUUUUGUGUUUUAUUUUUUUUAUUUUUAUUUUUUUUUUGGACGAGUGAAUGACCAUCAUUCAAAAUGCCUGUUUGUGUACACGAUUAAUGUCAAAUUCACUACUAUUUUAUCAAAUAACUUAUUGUUGUAAUAAAUGAAAAUUCACAAUAAUCAAUUUAGAAUGCUAGUUAUCCCCCCUUAUAUCCUGAGUUGCGAUUGUCAGUAACAGAUUUUUAUCAGGCAUUAAUUUGGAAGAAUUUCAAAGGAAAAGUGUACAAAAGAUUCAACCAUUCAUGACAAAUUUCAAGUUUCUGUUGUUUGAUAACUCCAGUGUGCUUUGGCUUUUGGCUGAAUUGGUUAAAUAAUCUGAAAUUGUAGGUAAACAACUUGUGUUGAGGUGCAGAUAAUCUUCCAGAUUAGUGUUGGAUAAAAAAAAAAGUCCUUUAAUGCAGGGCUGAAAAUAAUUUAGCAGACAUUCAACACCAAAUUAUUAAAAUGAACUAUUCCCACAUAAUAUCUUAAUCAUUGAAAGUAUGCAUGUGUGAAAGAGUUCAUUAUAGAGGUUAGGGGUCAAACAUGACUGACAAACUAUUUUCAGCCUUGCUUCUAUAUAUAUAUAUAUAUGAAAUGUUGCAUCAGCAGAGAAAGGAAAAGUUUUAUAAAAUUGUACAUGUAUAUCAUUUUGCGUGGAGAACGUUCUUGGGUGUAAAUAUAUAUUUUUUCUUGUUGUAGCAAUUGUAUGAAUAUCUCUUGUUUAUUUUCAUUUCCGAGUUUCUGUAAUCAUCACAAAGUUUCUUUCCUAAUUAAUAAUUAAAAUUCUUGAUGAGCAUUUCAAUUUGAAAUUUAAAGAAAAAAAAAACAGUAAAAAUAACUAAAGACUGGUAUUGAUUAUGCAUUGUCUAAAUUGGCUGACUCCUGCUUAGCCUCUGAUAACUAAAUUUGACAGUUAUCAAAUUGCUAGGAAUUUGCUGACCUUACCUAGCCACAUAUAGCUCUGAUGAAUAGUUGUCGACAAGCUAACAGCAAAAGAUUGCUAUCAGAGAUUAGUUCUGAGUCCUCAGACUUGAGAUCAUGGAGUCACUUCUUUGAUACAGGAAUGGACUUGCUAAUCAUAUCCCCAACAGAAUGCAAGUGGGCACAAGUUGUUCGACUGAAGUCAAGCCACAGCAGGGCAGUGUGAGACAAUUUGCAUUGAUAAAAGACCUGGCUUGAAAAUUUCUAUAGUGCUUUUGGGGGAAGAUAUUCAAGCAUUCCAUAUAUGAAAUUAACUUAUUUUAUCAGCACAGUGCUUAUUUCAUCUUACAAAUCGCUAAUAAUAGGUCCAGCAUUUGAAUGUUAAAUUUAAUGUUACCACCCCUUCUUGCUUUUGAACUCUUGACUCGUGCAGACAUCAAUUCAAACUGACAAGCAUUUGAAAAGUUAGCGAACAUAAAAUUUUAUAUGUGAUGAGCUCAUAUAGGAAAAGGGGGUGUGGACACACUAAAUUUAGUCUUGCACUUGUCUGAUAUGCUUCAAAGUCGCCAUUUUCUCGAGUGAAUCCGAGGGUUGUAUAAACUUGAAAACUAUGUUUGUUGUAAUUUUUAGGGUGUUAUGUUACUACACUGAACAAAAUAAUUUGACUAAUUAUCCUCAUAUUAUUAUUAUGGUCUUUUUAUGUAAUAAAGAAUCUAAAUUAAGUAUUU